AAACGCUGAUAUGAAGAAGAAAAAAAGAAACUGGAAACCCUUGGAAACUUUCUCAUUGUAAAAAAUCCCCAAAUUUUUUGUUUACUCCUCCCACUAUUUAAUUUUUCCUAAAAAGUUAAGUAUAUUCCCCCCAAUUUUCAAUUUCCUCCCCCCCUUUUUUGUCACCCAGUUUUGUCAUAAACGAAGGAAGAAUUACAUGGCUCUCAGGUCCACAAUCCCUAUUCCCCCUCGAACCCCGGAUCACACUCCAGACCCAACAAAUACCACGACCAAGCGUCUCUUGGCGUUCCCCUCGAGCGGAUUCCUGGACAAGGAACAUGUCGGAGAUGGUCGGGACGAGACGUUUACAACGUCUUUCGAAAUAAUCUUCCUGCUCAUCCUCCUCGUCGGUGUGCUCCUUCUGUUAUGCAGUUGUAUCCAGAGUUCGUGUUCCAGCCGGCGGAAGAGAGCGGCACGUGGGGGCGGCGGAGGAGGUGCUGACCCUUGUCGUGACCCUUGCGGACCAUGUCAACCUUCCGGGACGGUGACCACUUUUCAAAAAAGUGUGACCAUGCGGAGUACCGCGUAUGGGGGCAGUUUCUCCCCCCGUGGUGGAGGCUGUGUCUAAAUAAUGCGACGACGGUGUCAUAAAUACUGUAAAUUUAAUGUAGGACGCGAUGACGCAUGACCAAAAUGGUCAAAAUCAGCACAUUUUUAAUCGUUUUUCUCGUCGCUGGGAAUUUAUUUUAAA